AUGCAGAGACGGGAGACACUUAUUGGCGAUGUAGGAUGGUUGAAGAAUGGCGGUUUCCGCCCCCUAUCCCACUCGAUGAAACCUGCGGAACACCCCCUCAACGCUGCAAAAAAGGUUCCAUCAGGAUUCAGGAUGUUCGGUCCAGAGCAUAUCUCUAUCGAUGAAAAGUAUGAGAUCCACCAAUUGCGGCUUUCCAGCCACGGCGUGUGCAAUCUCGAGGCCUCAUCUGACAUCCAAGGCGGCACUUUAUGGGCUCUCCAGCUCGAAGACCACGAAAUCAUUUUUGUCUGCAGUACGAUCAAGACUACACAGUGGGUCAUUGCCGCCUUCCAAGAUGACGCAUUCCGCGAUGUCGAGAGCCAUAUCGCCGGAAGCUUUGCGACGUUUGCCACCGUCGGUCUCUCAAUUCAACUCCAGAACCAGACGCUCGCGACAGACUACUACAGGUUUGGGCCACGAUCACUGAACCCAAACCCCGUCGUCCCUAUGAUCACCUACCCUGGCUCUAGCACCCGACCUGCAGGAGAUACCACUCCUCGUAACGACCAAUGUUUGUUCAUCAACUACUACAAGAUGAAGCGCAGACGACUGUGGAAGGCACCAUUUCGGAUGCGCGCCGGUGCUGGACCGCACGAGCUACCUCCUAAUUCAGCCCAUCCAGGAACUGGAUCACCAUCUGUACUGGUGACUGACAACCAAGGUCAUGGCUCUGAUUUGGAAGAGGCGUCGGAACAAGGGGCAAGUCUUCAGUCUAUAGAAUAG